CGGGAGUGCACCGGGGGUCCCCCGUGAGAAGCGAUGGCAAAGAGAGCAUGAUUGUGCCCUCGCCGCGACGACAUCUGACAAGGCACAGGGAGGAGGCAGCGUCCGGGACCAGUGAGGAGUGGAGGGGAGGAAGAGGAGGAGGACACGCAGUGAAGCAAUCAGCAGACCGAUGUUCCACAAUUGCGGCGCACCAUGCCAGAGAGCCCAAGUAG